AUGGACCAGCCAAGCAAGGUCAACAUACAACGAGACAUGUACAUUUGUCAGAAGCAACGAGUCCUCGACGCAUACCAACAAGGUAGCGACGACUGGAAAGUCGUCACCAAGCACAACGGAAUUUCCGUCACGACAACUUGGCGUGUUGUGUCGAACAACCGUGCUUCACUGCUUCCCCGCGGUGGUGCGCGCCCUAAGUGGACGAAAGUUACGCUGGAAAUACAAGAGGCCCUCGAAAUUUACCUCAACGAAUAUUGCCUGAACACACUCGGCCAAGUGCAAGCCUUCGUGUUGUUCGACUUUACGGGAAACCUUCUAUUCACCCAAACGAUCAGCAGACACUUGCUUGGCAUGCUGUACACGGUCAAGAAUGUCCGCGUAGAGCCCUCAACAAGCGACAAUGCAGAGAACAAGUUGAAGAGACAAGAAUUCGCCCACAAAUUCAAGGGUCAUCAAGCCGCUAACGACUUUUACUUUGACGAAACCAACAUCAACAUCUAUGCCAAAACAAAAGGUCAAGCGCAGUCAAGGUCGAGCGCGGAAGGGAACGCGCCUGAAGAGCACUUUCGCGGGAAGAAGGUUGUCAUUGGCGACGAGAUCGUGCGCCGCAUCGAACGCAAGACGCACUUCAAUGCGCGGGGCAUAAUCCACGACUAUGAGGAGCACAACCAUAUCCUUCAGAAUGCCAUUUCGAUCUACCUGAGCGACCACUUGGACAUGGACAAAAAGUCGGGUCGAUACGAAGUCCUCGACAACCUCAACCCUCCAGAGGACAAUGACGCCCACGCAGCCGAACGUGAGGACGAUCUAUACGACGACGACCCGUACGGUGAGAACGAAAGCUUCGAGCUGCAGCGACUCAAAAUCGGAGCCCUUCCCCCUCUCAACCAAUGGAUCAAGAUCGAGCCCGAGCUUGAGUUUUACCACGAAGUCACAAACGACGAAGGCGGUGGAGGAAACAGCAACGGAGACCAGGGCAAAUCCCUCGAGAAAUCGACCAUCACGUUUAUCCUUCGAUCGAGUGCGGCGGACGCGACCCAGCGCAUCGACAGCUUUGUCAAUCGCGCGUUCCAGAGCUACCAGGACGCUGUGGUGGCCAAGCACAAGAAAGACAAGACCCGGUACAUGUACAUGGCGGCGACCCAGGAGUUAGGGCCUGGCAAAUCGUCGGCUGCGGCGGUCGUUAAGUACAAGCGAUACGGGCUCAGCGACGACAAAACGUUCGAUAGCUUGUUCUUUGACGAGAAGCCCAAACUCCUGUCGCUCCUGGACAACUUUAUGACGAAGAGCGGCAAGUUUGGCGUUAAGGGGUUUCCGUACAAGAUGGGGCUGCUCCUGCACGGCCCCCCUGGGACGGGCAAAACGAGCUUGAUCAAGGCCGUCGCGCAAUACACCAAGCGCCACAUCGUGAACGUGUCGCUGAGUAAGAUCAAGACGAACCAAGAGUUGAUGGACAUGAUGUUCGACCUCACGUUUCGUCUGUAUGGCGAGGAUUGGCCGGCCACGCUCCGCUUCGACCAAAUUGUGUUUGUCAUGGAGGAUGUCGAUUGUGCGUCCAACGUAGUCUUGGCGCGAAUGUCCGGGGGCAAAAUGUCGUCGCGGCCGCGCCGCCGUCGAAAUCGCCGCGACGCGGACCAGGACAACGAGAAACCAAACGGCGACAUCGGCGACGUGGAGAAUGAUUCAGCCAUAGGGCCCAAGAACCUCGCGAGUAACCGCAUGUCGGGGUGGGUUCCCAAGGACAAACUCAACUUAAGCGGACUUUUGAACGUCCUGGACGGCGUCGUGGACAGCCCCGGCCGCAUACUCAUCAUGACGACCAACCAUCCGGAGAAACUCGACCCCGCUUUGAUACGCCCCGGCCGCGUCAACAAGAAGGUCGAGCUCGGCCCGAUCAAUGGCCGCCAAACGCAAGCUAUGAUCGAACACUACUUUGCCACAGCGCUGUCGCAAGCGCAACGAAAUGCUGUCGCCCACGUGAUUGCCAACGCCAGCAACUCGUUCUCACCAGCCCAAAUCGAACAACUCUGCGCAGAGCACUACGACAUUGACGACAUGUUGGCCGAACUCGCCCUCACAGUGUCGUGCUGA